AAGCUGUCAAAGGCAUUUGUCACCCUUUAGUCUGUUGUUGAUUAUUUUUUUGUUGUGUUUGCCUUAAAAUUAAUAUAAAUCCUGCACCUGCUUUAACGUCCCUUAGUCAGCGAAUUGUUAAAAUGGAAACAUGGAAGCUACUUAUUAUUACACUUUUGUCGUUUUAUUACAUUGGACAGGUACACUUCGUAAGCGGACUUGAGUGCUAUGUGUGCUCCAACCAAACAGGAAAUACCGAGAAAUGCCUUAAUACAAUAAAAACAUGUGAACCGGGCGAGGAUGCUUGCGGCACAGAAAUACGUUGGGGUAGUCAACCGUAUUUCUCGCAAGGCGCACUGAAACAAUACUAUGUUUCCAAACGAUGUUUGACGAAGCAACAAUGCCAACAGAGGCGUAAGCGCUAUAUGCAGUAUUGCACACAUAUUUGGUACGAAGAUUGGUGGUGUUAUGAGUGUUGCGUGGGCGAUCGCUGCAAUUACUUUGUUAUUAGUGGGUCAAUGCAGCAACUAAUAGGUGCUUCCACAAUAGUCGGAGGAUUAUUUGUGGCAUCCGUGUUAAGCAAGGCCUUAGCAUCGUAUUAAAGGAGAUAUGCAUUUUAUUUCCUAAACAUUAAUCGUAAGCUCACCCAAGUGCUUCUGAAUUUUCAUAACAAACGAGAACCGAAUAAUUAAGCACAAAAUUCGUAAAACAGAUUUACAAAGCAUUAUGGUAUUCGAAUAUUAUCCGUUCAAUUUAGAUACAUACUCUAAUAUAGUGGUACAAGUUUGUAAUAUAAUAUAUAGUAUUUUUUAUUUCAAUAUUGCUUUGGAAAAGCGACGGUCGGCAAGUGUGUUUUAAGACUCCUUUUACAAUUAAAAUACCGAAAUCCUCGUUUUUUUCCAAUAGUCUGUAUGUAAGUUUAAUUUUUAAAUAUACAAAAAUUUUAUGUAAAUGACAAAAUAUUUUCCUACCUUUAUGGAAUGCAUCAAGCGCACAAAAUAUUUUUAUUUUGGCAUACAUUUGUACACUUUUGUUUAUACAUACCUACGUAGGUAUAUAGUAAAAAAUAUUCCCAAAAUUUUACUAC